CCUUCUAUUACUUCUGUACAUAUUACAUGUUAUCUGUCCUUGUUUUUCUUUUUAAAUAUGGGAAACAAAAACACAGUUUCAGCCUGUGUUUUCCAGAUCACUUCUUUUAGGAAGUACAACAAUAAUAAACUGCACAAGUGGUCCUAAUUCCAGAAGAAGCUUAAUGUUGAUCGAAUGGAUAACAAUGAUGUACAGUUACAUAGAAAUGAAAAACUGAAACCAUCCAAUAGUUUCUUACCUAAAGUUCCCAGGAUUCAAUAGAGGAUCCAUCUUUGCUUCGGUGACCUUCCUCAUCACGACUUUGACCUAAAGAACACCUUCUUUUAUAAGAGGCUCCCUUCAUCACAUCUCUACUACAGAAUUUGUGAUCAUUAAGGAGAUUGCCAUUUCUUUCCUGAGAAUUUUAUAUACUCUGAAGCUGUGUUAUUUUGGUGCACUCCAGGUUAAAAUUAUCUUCCUGGAAAAAUGAAAUUUUUUCACCAUUAUAUAAUGACCCACAUAAUGUGUAAAAAAAUGCUUUUACCUUUAAGUCUAUACAGUCUGAUAUUAAUGCAGCUACACCAAUUUUCUUUUUGGCUACUGUUUGCCUAGUAUUUUUUCAUACAUUCACUUUCAACUCUUCUGUGUUCAUGUGACUUAUAUAGCUAGAUUUUGUAUUUUUAACUAACCUGACAAUUGUUGUCUUUUUAAACUAGAAAGUGCAGUGUAUUUACAUUGUCAUAAUUACUGAUAUAUUUGGAUUUAUUUCUGUCAUAUUUUGUGAUUUCUCUCUUCUUUCUUAUAUUCUUUUGGAUUGAUUACCUGUGUUUUUGUUUUUUACAUUUCUCGCCUACUGAUCUAGAAAUGGUAUCCCCAGUUUCUACUCUUUUAGGAUGCUGAUCUAGCAUCAUUAAUGGAUAAAACAUACGAAAAAAAGUUGCCUGUUAGUUCUUUAACAAUAUCACGGUUUGUGGACAACAUUUCAUCUCGAGAAGAGAUAGAUCAUGCAGAAUAUUACCUUUACAAAUUCCGACACAGCCCCAACUGCUGUUACCUGAGAGACUGGUCUGUCCACACCUGGGUUAGGCAGUGUCUAAAGCACGGGGCACAGGACAAGGCCUUAUAUACCCUUGUGAAUAAGGUUCAAUAUGGAAUUUUUCCAGAUAACUUUACUUUCAACUUACUGAUAGAUUAUUUCAUAAAGAAGGGAAAUUACAAAGAUGCUUUAUCUGUGGUUUUUGAGGUCAUGAUGCAAGAAGCCUUUGAAGCACCUUCCACCCAACUUCUCUCCCUCUAUGUUUUAUACCACUGCCUGGCAAAGAAGACAGACUUCACGUGGGAAGAGGAGAGGAACUUCGGUGCGUCCCUGUUACUCCCAGGCCUAAAGCAAAAGAACUCCGUGGGGCUGAGCUCCCAGCUGUAUGGCUAUGCACUUCUAGGGAAAGUGGAACUGCAGCGAGGGCUCCGGGCCGUGUACCACGACAUGCCUCUGCUGUGGCGGCCAGGCUACCUGGACAGAGCCCUACAGGUGAUGGAGAAGGUGGCCUCCUCCGCAGAAGAUGGAAAGCUAUGUCAAGAAGCGCUCGACGUGCUGGACAGAGCACUGCAGGCCCUUACUGCUCCAGCCCAGGAGUCCUCAGAGGAACAACCCCAAGGAGGGGAAGACAGCCAGGUGCCAGAACUGGUGGAGCAGUUGGACGUGGAGGAAACUGAACAGUCCAAGCUUCCACGAUACCUGGAGCGAUUUAAGGCCUUGCAUUCCCAACUUCAGGCUCUGGGCAAAAUUGAGUCAGGAAACCUUUUGACUCUGACCACCCAGCUCAUCAAAGACCAGCUCCCUGCCUGUGAGGCAGAGGACAUUGCCACCUACGAGCAGAAGCUGCAGCAGUGGCACCAGGAGCGGCUGUACUUGAUCCAGAGGGAGCAGCAGCACAGGGAGGAGGCGAAGCGGGAACUCCAGGCACGGAGAGCAGCUAAGGUGGCUGCCUGAAGGCCCUGCAGCCCAGCCCCGCCACAGGACUUCACUGGCCCCCAUCACGGGGGGACCACGAUGGCAGCUCAGCUUCCUCCAUCUGCCUUCUCCUUCUCUAAAGCUGCCCACAUGUGCUGGAAAGCCGCAAUGUUCAACAUACAGAGGCCCUGUGACUACCCAUCCACACUGCCCAUUCUUAGUUCCCCGGGCUAUGGAACCGUGACAGUGGCUGGUAGUCAGACUGAAGCCACCAGCCAAACACCUUACAAGGAGCUCCGGAGGCCUGUGGUGGCAUUCCUGAGGACAGGAUCACUUCUGAACACAACAGGUCCCUCAUACCUAUGAUGACAGCAGGGGUGCCAUGGCUUAAGCACCGGGUCUCAGCAUAGGGCUUCGAAUGGCCUCUCUCCCCCAGCCAAGGCAAACUGCACAUCCUGGGACCUCUGCCUCCUUCUCUCUGGGGCAAGUACUGGGCCUCAGCGGGGUAUAGGUGCCCGCACACCUCCACAGUCUCCUUUCCCAUGUCCCCCCUUCCAGACCUGAACUGGUAGAAGCUCAAUACAGGAGCCAGCACAGGACCCACUGGCUUUUAAAUUUCAGGAACACUUAGUGGCGUUUUUGGGAUGUGAGGACUCAAGGAGAAAGCUAGCCUCCUUGGCUGGAGCUUCUCCAUCACAUUGGGGUUACUUUUUCCCAGCACAUUGUCUCAGCUCCUUCAUUACGUAGAUCAGGUGGGCCUUUUGUGCACACACAUGCAUACAUGCAGCUUGUGAACACAUUUCAGUCAGAAGUCGCAGAAAAUGAGAGAUGGGCUGGGAGACAUGAGUAAUUAUAAAACUCAGGAGGCGCAACAUUUCUGAUGUUUCUCAGUGAGGGGUUGGGGGCAGCUCUUGCUUGCUAUGUAGUUUUGCCUUUAAAUACAGGAGUGUGCUUUUAUUCAGAAUUGUAUUCUUUUCUCACGAACCUGUGGAAAUAAAUGUUCUGGGAUUCUUUUAA